AUGAUUAAUUUUCAAGUUUCUUCUUUCAGUACUUAUAUCCUGAAUUUGCUAUUUCUUCUUGUUCUAUUCCUCCCUACUACAUAUGGUGAUUGUGGGUGUACCGAUUCCGGGAGCACACAGAGUGGCAAUAGCACAGCACUUAAAUAUAAACUGGGUGCAAUAGCUUCCAUUCUUGUUGCUAGUGCUGUGGGGGUAAGCAUUCCAUUGCUGGGCAAGAAAAUUAAAGCUCUAAGGCCAGAAAAUGAUUUCUUUUUCGUAAUCAAGGCCUUUGCAGCCGGUGUGAUUCUAGCAACCGGGUUCAUUCAUGUACUACCGGAUGCUUUUUCACGCUUGACUUCACCAUGCCUAAAUCAAAAUCCAUGGGGCAAUUUUCCCUUCACAGGUUUCUUUGCAAUGUUGUCAUCUAUUGGAACAUUAAUGGUGGAUGCGUAUGCCACUAGUUAUUUUAAUAGGAUGCACUUGAUUAAACAGGCAGGUGCAGAUGAGGAAAAAGAAGAUGAGCAUGAAGGUCAUUUACAUGUUCAUACACAUGCCACACAUGGUCACGCUCAUGGCUCGGUCAUCCCUUCUGAAGGAACAGAAUUAACCCGUCAUCGUGUUAUAGCACAAGUAUUGGAAUUAGGAAUUAUUUUUCAUUCAGUAAUUAUUGGAGUGGAUUUGGGUGCUAAUCAAAACGUUUCUACAAUAAGGCCUCUUCUAGUAGCAUUGUCAUUCCAUCAAUUUUUUGAGGGUGUAGGGCUUGGUGGCUGCAUCGCUCAGGCUAAAUUCAAGUCCAAAUCUGCGGCAAUAAUGUCAUUAUCUUUCUCUCUCACAACCCCACUGGGAAUUGCAAUCGGAAUUGGAGUAGCAAGCACUUACAAAGAUAAUAGCCCAACUGCUCUAAUUAUUGAAGGGACUUUCAAUGCUCUUGCUGCUGGGAUUCUCAUAUAUAGGGCACUUGUUGACCUAUUAGCAGCAGAUUUCAUGAACCCAAGACUGCAAAAAAAUGUGAAGAUCCAAUUGUGGUCCAAUAUCUCACUUCUUCUAGGGGCUGGAUUUAUGUCACUCAUAGCAAAAUGGGCUUGA